AUGUUGCGCGCCGUGUCGUCCAGUUCCCUCCGCAAGGUCGCACCGACCACACUCCUUGCCGGGAGACGGUUGACCCUAUCCCUCCUCCCCUCCUCCUUAUCCUUUCCUCGCUACCUCUCAACCCUAUCGUCCACCCUCCGCUUCUCGGACGAAGUAAAAGCCGCCCUGGAGCAAAAGAAACCCCUCGUCGCCCUCGAGAGUACCAUCAUCUCCCAUGGCAUGCCCUACCCGGCCAACUUUGAAACCGCUAUCGCUGUCGAGAAGGUCGUGCGGGAUAAUGGUGCCACCCCGGCGACGAUAGCUAUUCUUGACGGCCAGAUCCAGAUCGGUCUUUCGCAGGAGCAGAUCCGACACCUUGCCAAGAUGGGAAGGGAGGCUGUCAAGGCUUCUAGACGCGACCUUGCUGUUGUCAUGGCCAAGAAGCAAACGGGAGCUACGACUGUAUCUGCAACAAUGCUUCUCGCACAUCGCGCUGGGAUCUCAGUGUUUGCGACAGGAGGAAUCGGUGGUGUGCACCGCGGAUACGAAGAUACUAUGGAUGCGAGUGCCGACCUCACAGAGCUGGGACGUACCCCCGUCGCCGUCGUUUGUGCAGGCGUGAAGUCGAUUCUGGAUAUUGGCAGGACAUUGGAGUUCUUGGAGACACAGGGUGUCACUGUGGCAACUUUCGGGAAGACAACGGACUUUCCUGCCUUCUUCACUCGCACUAGUGGUUUCCAGAGCAUGCUCAACAUUGAGACACCAAAGGAGGCUGCUGAACUAAUUGCUGCCAACCACGCCAUUGAUUUGCAAAGCGGGAUUGUUAUUAGUGUCCCAAUCGCGAAAGAAGACGCCAUGGAUGAUAUUUUGGUGGGAGAAGCCAUCAAUGUUGCCGUCAAGGAGUCCAUUGAGCAAGGCAUCUUGGGCAAGGAGAGCACACCCUUCUUGCUCAAGCGGGUUAACGAGCUCACAGGCGGCAACUCUUUGAAGUCAAACAUUGCCCUUGUGAAGCAGAAUGCGUCCGUUGCUGCCAAGAUUGCGAAGGAUCUCGCUGCCUUGAAUGUUCGACCUCAGUAUCGCUCAUACUCUACAUCGGCUCGUCGCAUGAAGCAUACUCAGGCUGCGUAUGGACCUGUCAUGGUCAUUGGCGGCACAGUGGUCGAUAUCACCUCAACAGCAGCGACGGCAACGGAUGUCCUGCACAGUUCCUUCCCUGGCACCACGCGUCACACACUCGGUGGCGUUGGAAGAAACGUCGCAGAGGGGAUUUCGUUGCUCAAUGGUGGCGGUAACGGCAACGACCUUGUAUAUGUCUCGGUCGUGGGCGAGGCUUCGGAGGGAGCGAGUGAGGAUAUGUUUGGUCCUUGGUUGAAGAACGCGAUUGCGCAUCGAGGUGGUGAUAAUUCAGAGAUCUAUACUGUACCUGGAGCUAGGACGGCUACUUAUACCGCGAUCCAUGACGCGUCGGGGAAUCUUGUCUCUGCUAUUGCGGAUAUGGAGAUCUUUGAUCUCGUGCCUAUCGACAAGGUCGAGAAUGCCAUCAGAAAGUAUAGGCCAAGGACCGUGUGCUUCGAUGGCAAUUUAUCGUCAGAGUGCAUGAAGGCGAUUCUCGAAACAUGCCGCGGCCAGAAUGUUCAAACGUUCUUUGAACCCACCUCGGUUGCCAAAUGCGCACGACCACUCGACAAAUCCCUCCUGGGACCCUUGAAAGACGGUCUCCUGCGCUUCUCCAGUCCUAACGAAUAUGAGUUGGCAGCCAUGGCUAAACAAGCUCGAGAGCUGAUGGGCUAUAACAACUCCUUGUCCGUCCGGAGUAGUAUCGGCGGAUACUCUGAGUUCGUCUCGAAUGACACGCGCCACGCACUAGAGGAUUCUGAGUAUGCGGAUCUUUUAAGGGACGCGACGGAUCUUUCGCAGUUCAUCCCGACGCUUUUUAUCAAGUUGGGAGCAAAUGGUGUGUUAGUCUUUCAGCGAUCUGAAAGUGGGUUUGUGGCGCAAGGUGGAUCAGGAGAGGAACAUCCGGAAGUGACAUUAAGAUGGAAGAUGUUUCCUGCACACAAGGUGGAGUCGAUGAGGAGUGUUACAGGAGCAGGGGACAGCUUUGUGGCGUCGGUCGUGACGAGUAUCCAUAAUGCGGACAAGAUUGUGUCUGAUCCUCGCUUGUCACUGAAAGACCCUGUCGUGUUCUGGAAGCUGCUAGAUGGGAUUGUUCAUGAUGGUCAAACGGCUGCGAUUCUGACAAUGCAGACGCAUGAGAGUAUCAGUCCUGCUUUGGCACAUAGCGCUCAGGCCGAGACCUUGCGGCGGCUCAAGAACCUCUUGAAGUGA